GAAAAAUGUUUAUUUGGUAGUUUUAUAAUAAUUAAUUAUUAAUUUGUACACUGCUCAAUAUUUUUAAAAAUUAAGUCCGAGCAAACUUUUAUUAAUAUCAGUCUUGGAAUAUAAAACUAAUAGCUGGUACUCUUAGAAAAUAUGAAUGGCAUACUCACUAUCAGGGAUGAAGCUACGCGGAAAAUUAUAAAUCAACCUGUUUUUAUACCAUUUAUAUUCUUGAAGGUGGAUAAUGGUCAGAAUUCAGCGACUCCGCAAAUUGUACCAAGUAGUAAUAAUUUAAGAAUUACUAAUGUCGAAAACGAACUGCAGGAGGAUGAAGUAGAAAACGAAUUAUUGCCUCCUAUAAAACACAUUGCAAACGAACAUGAUUACUGUAUAAUUAACGAUUUGUCAUGUUUAAAAAAUUAUCCACUAUUAGGUGGCGUGGAAAACCCAAACAGGGCUCUCGGUUUGAAACCGAAGGUUCAAGCUGCAACAGAAAACAAUACAACUUCUUUGGUGGAGAAUGAAAUAAUUGUCUCGGAUCUUUCAAACGAUAGUGAUGAGAAUAAAACCAACGAAGAAGUUGAUCUACUGUGUUCGGAAGUUUUUCAAAGUCCGAGUAACUUGAAACGUCCGAAAGAACAUGUUCGUAGGGAGAGAAAACAAUAUAAUUUAACAAAAAAAGUGAAGAAGUGUUACAAGUGCGGCAAAGACAUUCGCAACGGUCUGUUGAGUUUUCAUUUAGCAAAACAUAGGCGAGACGAUCAGAAAAAAUUAGAAUACGAACGGGAGAGGGAGAAGAGGAAGGAGGAGAAGAAACUGGCAAGUCUUACUUGCGGGACGUGUAAUGAGAGGUUUGACACAAAAGAAGAAUUUCAGUACCACUUGCAACUGCACCCCCGUUUUAUAUGCGACAACUGCGGCAGGGGCUUCGCCAAGAAAGACUCCUUCAACGCCCACAAGAACACCCACAACGACCCGAAUAGCUUCAUCUGCGAAGUCUGCGGGAAAGGCUAUAAGGAUUCUAACGCUUUACGUGUUCACUCCCAACUGCACGAAAACAAGACGUUCAAGUGCACAUUCUGUCCGAAGACGUUUGCUCAAAAGUGCAGACUCAGCAACCACAUACGGAGGAUGCACAAAGAGCCCCCGAGCUUCCAGUGCUCGUACUGCGGGAAGUUGUUCACGAACCGAGCCGGUCACAACUUGCACGUCAAGUUAAUCCACUUUAAGGAGAAGCCGUACGAGUGCAACGUUUGCCAUAAAAAAUUCGGUAGGAGAGAUUACCUGACGAAUCAUAAAUAUUGCCAUACGGGUCAACCUCGUCCGAAGCGUAACAAAUCGCUGUCAGACGCUUUGAGGAUAAACUGGCCGAAAUCAUCCAGUGACACGAUAAAAGAGAACGGUGAGCCUGUGCCUUGUAAAUUUUGUGGGAAGGCGUUUCAAACCGUGACGGGAAUGAAACGUCACUUAGUGUCGCACGUUAAAAGGUAUUCCUGCCGGUUUUGUCCUUUGACUUUCUCUAUGAAGGCCUCCUGUCAGAGGCAUGAAAAAAUACACGAAGACGGGGAAUUUUUCAGGUGUAACGUCUGUUGGAAGAGAUUCGACUCCCAGGAAACGCUAGACGAGCAUUCUGCUUGUCAUACGAACGCACGGUAUACUUGCGAGUUGUGCGGAAAAACGUUCAACAGACGGCACUUGAUGAACCACCACAGAUUGAUGAACCACAUCGACACAUCCGACAAGGAAAAAGCUAAAAAAAUUAUCAUCGACAGUCUCCUGGAAGCCAGCGGAAAACAUUAAUGUAUUCAGUUUAUUUGAAGUGCUCUUAAGUU